CCUCUCCGCUCCCUUCCGCGCCGCCCUUGCUGCCUCGGGGGUCGCCGUAGACUGCAAAAUGGCCGACGGGCGGGACGACGCGGCUGACCAGCUGAAGCAGUGGAAGAUCCACCGGGGCUCGCAGAAACCAGAUGUCCUGACCACGGGUGCUGGGAACCCCAUUGGGGAUAAACUGAAUGUCCUGACAGUGGGGCCACGUGGACCUCUUCUUGUCCAAGAUGUUGUUUUCACUGAUGAGAUGGCUCACUUUGACAGAGAGAGGAUUCCUGAGAGAGUUGUGCAUGCAAAAGGGGCAGGAGCCUUUGGCUAUUUUGAAGUCACUCAUGAUAUCACCCAGUAUUGUAAGGCAAAAAUCUUUGAGCACAUUGGGAAAAGGACUCCACUUGCCAUCCGCUUCUCCACUGUUGCUGGAGAAUCUGGCUCAGCUGACACGGUUCGUGACCCCCGAGGCUUUGCCAUGAAAUUCUACACGGAGGAUGGGAAUUGGGAUCUUGUGGGAAAUAACACUCCCAUCUUCUUUAUUCGGGACCCACUGCUGUUUCCAUCCUUCAUCCAUAGCCAAAAGAGGAACCCUCAGACUCAUCUGAAGGAUGCAGACAUGGUAUGGGACUUCUGGAGUCUUCGGCCUGAGUCUUUGCACCAAGUGUCUUUCCUGUUCAGUGAUCGUGGCAUUCCCGAUGGCUAUCGCCACAUGAAUGGAUAUGGAUCACACACCUUCAAACUGGUUAAUGCUGCUGGAGGAGCAGUUUACUGCAAAUUCCAUGCCAAGACUGACCAGGGCAUCAAAAAUCUUACUGUGGAAGAAGCAGGAAGAUUGGCUUCUUCUGAUCCUGAUUAUGCCAUACGGGACCUUUACAAUGCCAUUGCCAAGGGGAACUAUCCUUCAUGGUCCUUCUAUAUUCAGGUUAUGACCUUUGAAGAAGCAGAGAAGUUCCCAUUUAAUCCUUUUGAUUUGACUAAGGUUUGGCCUCAUAGUGAAUACCCUCUCAUCCCUGUGGGAAAGCUGGUCUUGAACAGGAAUCCUGUCAACUACUUUGCAGAGGUGGAACAGAUGGCUUAUGACCCUAGCAACAUGCCCCCUGGAAUUGAGCCCAGCCCUGACAAAAUGCUGCAGGGACGCCUCUUCUCGUAUCCUGACACCCACAGACACCGCCUGGGCCCCAACUAUCUGCAGCUCCCUGUGAAUUGUCCCUUCAGAGCCAGGGUGGCCAACUACCAGAGGGAUGGGCCAAUGACUGUUUCUGACAACCAAGGUGGUGCCCCCAAUUAUUACCCAAACAGCUUCACUGGUCCCGAGGAUCAGCCCCAGCUCAAGGAGAGCCGCAUGUUUGCUUCAGGGGACGUGCAGCGCUUCAACAGUGCCAAUGAGGACAAUGUGACCCAGGUAAGAGAAUUCUACCUCAAAGUGCUGAACGAGGAAGAGCGCCAGAGGCUGUGUAAGAACAUUGCAGAGCAUCUGAAGGAUGCCCAACUCUUCAUUCAGAAACGAGCUGUGAAAAACUUCACUGAUGUUCAUCCUAAAUAUGGAGCUUGUAUCCAGGCUUUGCUGGACAAAUACAAUGCUGAGGGUGGGAAAAAGGAUGUAAUCAGAACAUACAGACAGUCCACAACUCGUAUGUCUGUCAAGGAAAGAUCCAACCUGUAAGUCUGGAGAUAUCUGCUCUGAAUUUUGAGUCCUUCCAGCUGCACAAGAACCUGUCCAACACUUCAAAGAAUGUAGCAGACUUGGGCCCAAGCACAGUGUCGUACAGGUGUGAUUUACUGAGCUCUCAAGGGCUGUCUGUGCUGGAAACCAGGUAACACAAGCUUCAAUCCUUGUGCCUUUCAACACUAGUGCUUUACUGCUUGAUAACAGUUUAUGGGGUUUUUAAACAACUCCUUAUAAGAAGUUGUCUUUGUCUCUAGGAGCAAACAGAAAUUUAAUCAAAAUGCUUCAUUUGUUUUGGUGUACAACUUUCCUGGUUAAAUCACACAGUAGAAUUUUUAUAAGGACACUGUGAUUGCCGUCAUGGAGAAACUUGUUAAAAAGUUGAUGCUGUUCAGUAUUUCUAAUAAAAUAAUUAUGUGUCUGUAUUUGUAAGCACAUCUCUUGAAGUUCAUUUUUGGCCUUCCAGAAGUAAAAUGAUACCCAGUAGUUUGAGUACAAUGUUGGAAUGGCUCAUUCCUUAUGAUAGAGAUAAAGCUAACUACAAAGUUUAAUCUCUAAAUAUAGUUCAAUUUUAUUCACAAUAUAUAUUUUAAGAUACUCUUUGCUUACUAAUGCUGUGUUGGGAUAUAACUGACAUAAGGGAGGUAGCAAAGGAUAUUUUCUUACUCUGUGCACUGUUCAACUAAACUGAUUAUACCUUACAGCCCUUUCAGGAAUAGGAGAGUAAAUUAUUCUUUCUAAUCAAAGAAUUUAAAUAGAAUAGUAACAUGCCAAAUACUUGAGAAAUAAACCUUCAAAUGCAGGAAUAUUGAAAUUCAAGCUCAAGAACUUUCAGAACUAUUCCAGUGGUUGCUGAAAUUGUUAUUUUACUGCAAUAAUCUGUUGCUCUUUCUUGAUUGAGCCAGGGCUAAUUUUCAGGGUGAUCCUUUAAUUAAAGCAGCAUCUUUGUACGAAUGUAGAUAUCUAGAAAAUACGUGUAAAACCUGAUUAGAGGCAUGUUGUAAUGUUACCCAGCACCUGCAGUUUAGUGAAAUUGUGCAGAAAAAUUUGGGACCUCAGUUAUGGGAUAAUUAUUGUCCAAGCUAAAUCAAAGUGUUUCAGUGCCAGCUACUGCUCUUAUCUCAGGCAAAUGUAAAAAAUUCAAAUCAUAGCAGUUUGGGGGUGAUUUUUGAAUAAUCACUGCAUUUCUGGAUAUGCCUUGAGUUGUAUUUUGAUUAGGAUUACUUCCUGAUUUAAGUGUGAAUUCCUAGGAAUGGUGGCAGGUAAAGAAGAGUAGAUACUAAAUGCUGUUCUGUUAAGUUUUGGAGAAUGUUACUUGCUCUGCAAUUCAUUGAUCUACCAACCUAUUGUGAAAAAUUAGCUGGGGUAGAGGUGCAGUAAAAUAAUAUGCACUGAUAACCUACUGUAUUCUGGGAUUCCAUUGGCUUUUUACCUGAUCAGGCAUGUGGGAUUACAUGAUUGGGUGAGAAUAUUUCCUGCUGGAAACUGGAACAGAGAAUCCUAGUGAAUUUUGGGAAAGAGUAAACAAGGCCUGAUCUGAUUUUGAUUGUGUCUGCUAAGUGAUUUAUAUUGUCUUCUUUUAUUUCUGAAAUAAAUGGAAUGAAAAAUCUCUUGGCAACAUGUUUUCUGUGCAAAUGUCUUCCAAUACUUUGUGUUAAUCUAGGAAGUUCAUAUAUCCCUUCAUCUGUUCUUGUGGAGAUGGUGCAGAAGCUGUAGAUUGGAUUUAUUUUUUGCAGCUGCCUUUGUUUUAAAAACUCAAUUUCAACCCCACAGUUGUGUUUAAAUUACUUAAAGGACCUGGGUUCUGUGCUAAACUGGCCAUGACAAGUGUUGUACAGAAAAUUUAGCUUUCCCCAAAGCUAUGGGAGAGCAUUAGGCAACACUGGAAGAACGAUAAUGCUAUUUCUUCAAAUAAAUAAGACAAUAAAUCCAUUUACAGGUCCUUAUCGUGAUAAUCAAGAGACUGUUGACAUGACA